CAACGCUAGUCGCGCCGGAGCUGCGGAGGAUGGCCCAUCGAGGGAAGGGGACGGCGGCCUCGGCGCGGAAGAAGCUCGGCCCGAAGCUGGAGCUCAGCGCGGCCCACAAGGAGCAGAUGCGCGAGGCCUUCGACCUGCUGGACGCGGACGGGACGGGCACCAUCGACGUGCGGGACCUGAAGGUGUCCAUCCGCGCCCUGGGCUUCGAUCCCACCAAGGAGGAGCUGCGCCGGGUGGUGGCCGAGGUGGACAAGGAAGGAGCGGGCAAGAUCGGCUUCGACGCCUUCUACUCCGUCAUGGCCCAGAAGAUGUCAGAAAUCGAUUCCAAAGAGGACAUCCUGAAGGCCUUCAAGCUCUUCGUGGACAAGGACAGCGGCAGGAUCGCCUUCAAGAACCUCAAGCAGAUCGCGGCUGAGAUCGGGGAGAAGCUCACCGAUGAAGAGCUGCAGGAAAUGAUUAAC